UUAGAGUAUUUUGUAGAUGUACAAAGAGUAGGACACACAACAGUGUGUGGUACAACUCUCGCAGUGAGUUCUAGUACACUGCAAACUUUCUAAAGUAUAUUACAAAUUUUAACUCAAGAAGAAUUAUUCUCCUCUAUGUGUUUAGUCUCUUUCACUGUAUUAAAUUCACAUCUACAAUAGUUGUAAGAAAAUUAUUCGCGCGCACAAAAAAGAAAGAGAGGAGAGUAUAUUUUAGCCAUGAACUUGAUUGCAAUUACUUUUACAAUUCUCUCUCUUUAUCUUAUUAUUAAUGGAGUGCUUGUUUAUUUAUUUAAAAAUUAUUUACCGGAAAUUUUAAAGCAGGCCUUCUUUUAUGGAAAAACGUCAGAAAAAAAGAAAAAAUCACUUCUUCACAUGAUUGAAUUUCCAAAAAAAAGUGGUUUCAACAUUAUUAUAUUUUCGCAUCACCUGUUGCGACGUAUUGUUUAUUUAUAACAAUGAGAAAAUAUUUUUUCAACGAAAAUGUCCCGGAAUUUAUUUACGCAUUUUUGGAUUUAAUAAUUGGGAGUGAAAGAAAGCCUUUAAUUUCUUUGCCACAGGCAACACUUGCAAUGUUACUUGUCGUUAUUCAAACAACAAGACGACUCUAUGAAACUCAUUACAUCAAUAUUUUUAGCGAUGGAAAAAUAAAUAUUUCUCACUAUCUUGUUGGCUUUAUUCAUUAUACUCUAUUGCCCGCUUCAAUUUUAGGCGAAUCGGAAGGAUUUCACAAAGAUUUAGUAACAAAUUAUCAGGAAUCAUUGAAAUUGAAAGAUUGGAUUGCGGCUCUAAUUUUUCUUUGGAUGAGUUAUCAGCAAUUACAGACGAAUUUAAUAUUGGCAAAUUUACGGAAAGAUAAAAAUGGUGUUGUCGUGACAAAGGAGCACAAAAUUCCUCGAGGAGGACUUUUCGAUUAUAUUUCCGCGCCUUUACAAUUCACCGAAAUUGGAAUGUACGUAGCUUUACAAAUUCUUCUCAGUCAAGGCGAAGCGUACUUUUUCGUUUGUCUCUGGGUAAUCAGUAAUCAGUUUAUAACCGGUCUUCUCUCACAUCAAUGGCAUAGAAACACUUUUAAAGAUUAUCCACCAACGCGUAAAAUAAUUGUCCCUUAUUUAUUAUAAAUUAUUAUUUAUUUUUUUUAUACAAUAUUUCAUAUAAGGUAUGAAAAAAAAGAAUUUUUAAUAACAAGACUGCAAAUUGCACCUUUCUUCGACUAUUAUUCAUUAACUUCUCUUCCUUUUUUUACUAUUUUAAUUUUUCUUAAAUUUUCUUUUGUUUCGUUUAGUAAUUUUUUUUCGUUAACAAAAAAUGUAAACAAAAACUUUUUACCGAAAGUGUAAAUAAAAUAAGAAUGAAUUAUAAUUACACUAUUUUUUCUUUGUUUUUUUUUUUAAUAAUAUUAUCCAUAGUUAUUUAUAACAAGUAUAACACUUAAUACGCAUUUCAUACACACAAUUGAGAGUAAAACUUCCUAAAAAAUUGUACACGCUCGUCACAUUUACAAUUAUAUUAAACUUUUCUGUAUUGGGCAAAA